AUGGCAGACACCUCCUACUCGAUCCAGCAGUCCUUGUCGGAGAGAAAACCUCCUCGCAUGCCUAAGUGUGCGCGCUGUCGGAUCCACGGUAUGGUGUCAUGGUUAAAAGGGCACAAGCGAUAUUGUAGGUGGCGAGACUGCAACUGUGCUCAAUGCACUCUGAUCGCGGAGAGGCAGCGUGUCAUGGCGGCGCAAGUGGCGCUCAGGCGCCAACAGACCCAGGAGGAAACCAUGCGGGUUCAGAUAGCUAAGAAAGCACAGGCGUAUGUGGCUCCCCUUGUCAGCCCAGAACCGCAGUUUAAUCCCGGUGUCGCAAGAACUCAGUCAGAAAAGGGAAAACAGCCCGUGUUCUCGUACCACCGCGCAGCCACACAAGAACUGGACAUGGAAGAGAGGAAAGAGACUCCGGUAAUCACUCCAUCCAAAUCUGUAGAGUCCUAUGAGGUCAAAAUCAAGGAGGAACCAGUAAGCCCGGAAGACUUUGAGAAAGACCAGUGCUCAGAUGCUGAAGAGAACCGCAAGAGAUCUUACAGUGUUGAAGAAAGAGAGCCCGAGUUCGAGCGUCGAAAGGUACCACGUCUUUCCCCCCAAAGGAUAGAAACGGAGGCAUUUAAAUCUUCUUUAGAACUUCUCCAGCGGAUUUUUCCUGAUCAAAGCAAGGCCAUUCUGGAGCUUAUCCUUGGGGCUUGUGAAGAAGAUGUGGUCAAAGCUAUUGAGUCUCUUCUACCGGAAAACAGUCAAAGACCAUUUAGCCUACCUCUUUCCAUUAGGAGCUACGGAUCUACUUCCUUUAUCCCCUGCGACGGCAAUCCUAAGUCAGCGUUCUCUCCCAUCCCCAAGUCUCCGUCCUACAUGUUUCCAGGAGCUCUUGCAGCGCAAUCGCAGUCGUUGAAGAGUCCGAAUGAAAAAAGCCCCAGCACACCUAGCGCAUUUCAGCCCGUCCAUUCCACGUGCAGCCCACCUGAACGCAGCCCGUCAAUGGCGGAUAGGUUCCAGUUUCCCGUCGUUGCGGGGUAUUUCUUUAACAGGCCUAGCACUUCAUCUCUUAUCUCGCUUAACCCCGCGCCGCAGAGGAAUGGGGCGCCUCAACUGGGUACAAGGUUCUGUAGGCAUUGUGGGUACCCGAGCAAAUUUGGAGACAAGUUUUGCAGUGACUGCGGCAAGUCUCUGGAGUGAACUUAAUAACGAUUUAUAGCCUAUAUCAUUUGAACAGCUGAACAGAAUUUUACAUUAUCUUUUCUGAGCCAGAUCGAUGGAAAAUUAAUUUUGUUGUCCCAGGAUUGCGAUAUAUUAAUGGAUGCAAAAGACAUGCGCAUACCGAAAAGAAAGAGGCGGAGUUGGAAUUUACCGAGUACGCUUAUUGAUUCGUGAUGAGUGACUUUGUAUAGGGCUAGAUGAGUAUGCGUAUUAUGCGAACUCGUCUCCAGGCUUCUCUCAUAAGGAAGGAGGAGAGAGAACCCUGGAUACGAUGAUUGGUAUUAGAAUGGUGGUUUUCAAUGUGUUCGAUAGAAUUUGCACGAGAGAU